CUUUCAUACUAGUCAUAUUGUCUCUUUGUGAUUUCAUUUGGUACUUUAACACGGAUAAAAGCCAACUUUUAGCCAAGUGUUUUUACUCAUCAGGGAAAAGUAACAGUUUAUACCUUAGAUCAACAGCUGUGGGCAAAACAAGGGCAUGAGUAUAGAAAAUUAUAUCAUUGGUAAAUUAAUUGGGAAAGGAAGUUAUGGUGAAGUAAAUCUUGCGCAAAGUAAAGUUGAUAAGAAAUGGUAUGUUAUAAAAUCUAUUGAUUUGCGUAAUGCAUCAAAAAAAGAGAGAUUGUUUGCUCAGCAAGAGGUAGAUAUAUUAUCUAAGCUCUAUCAUCCAAAUAUUGUAUCGUACAAAGAAUCUUUUCAGUUUGACAAUGGAUGUUUAGCUAUAGUUAUGGUAUAUUGUGAAGGAGGAGAUUUGUAUACUAGAUUAAGGGAACAAGCAAAACUAGGACAGUAUUUAAGUGAAACGCAAGUUGUUGAGUGGUUUAUACAAAUAGCUAUGGCACUACAAUACAUGCACAAUGAAAAUAUUCUUCAUAGAGAUUUGAAAACUCAAAAUAUAUUUCUGUCUAAAACCAAGAUCAUAAAGUUAGGUGAUUUAGGCAUUGCUCGUGUUUUGGAAAAUAAUUUUGACAUGGCAACUACUAUGAUUGGGACUCCUUACUAUAUGUCCCCUGAACUUUUCUCCAAUAAACCAUAUAACACUAAAUCAGAUAUUUGGGCUCUUGGAUGUUGUGUUUAUGAGAUGAUAACACUUAAGCAUGCAUUCAAUGCAAGUGACAUGAACUCUUUGGUGUACAAAAUACUUAAAGGCAAGUUACCAUCAAUGCCUCAGCAUUAUUCACAAGAUUUACAAGAAAUUAUAAAAACAAUGCUCAUGCAUAAUCCUACAUCUAGACCAAGUGCUGCACGUUUGUUACGUCAUCCGUAUAUAAAAUCACACAUAGUGUUAUUUCUAGAAGGAGCUAAAAAUAGGAGAAGAAGUUGUGAGACCAAAUCCAAAAAUGAUGAAGGUGCAAGUGAUUCAGGUUUUAGUGAAGGCGACCUAAAAAAUGUUGUAACUUCAUCUAAUAUUGAAAUUCAAAUAGUUAAUGAUAAAAUACUUAUUGAUAAAUUAGAUAACUCAAAUGACAAAGUUCAAGAAGUUUCUUUUGAUAAUAGAUUAUCGUUUAAAAAAAAUAUUAAUUUUCAAGUUCCUAAAGUCAUAGAAUUGUCAUGUGAAGAUAAAUCUAAAAAACUUAAACAAGUGAAAGUUGACUCAAAUAGAAAUUUUGAGUCAACUAAAAAUUAUAUAAAACCUGAAGAAUCAGCAAAUUCAAACCAAAAAUCUGAUAAGGAUUCCUUGAAUAGCAAGCCUUUCAAGUUACAGCAAAAUAAUGAAAGAAAACUUUGCGUGAAUAAUAGUUCUGAAGUUCGUAAAGUAAUAACUGAUAGACUUAAGUUAAAAUUGCAUCAGAGAGAUGAAAUACAAAAAAAUAUUAAAAAAUCUAAUCAAAAUGAAAAGAAAAAUGACAUCAUACAACCUCAGCAUAAAGGUCCACAAAGUGAAGAAUAUCAGCAUAAAGGUCUGCAUGAAGAAAAAGAAAAACGUUCAAGUCGACCUUUGCCACCAAGACCUUGUGUUAAUCAGCCUCUUGAGGAAUAUCCUGUUGCCAUAUCAUGUUCAAGAUCCAAUGAAGAUACCAGUGGUUCUAAGGAUAUUCAAGCAUGCGGUCCGAAUUUUGAAGCCCGAAAAAAGCGUAGACAAAGACAACAAGAAUCUAUGACACCGUUUGUUUCUGAUAUAUGGCAAGUUCCAAAAAAAAACCUUCCAGUUGCAUCAAAGGUAAAAGUGAAUUGCUUGCGUGAUGUUGUUGAUGGAGCCGUAAAAAGAGUAGAUGUUAAUCAAAAUCAAUAUGUUAGUUUGCAAACAAAGGAGCCUCUUGGGAAAUCUGUUGAAGAAGCUUUUAUUGAAAGUCUUCAGCAGACUUUGAAAAUGGAAAGUGACAUAAAUGACAGAAUAUCACCUGAGCAACCACCUUGUGAUGAAAUAAUUACUGAUUGUCCAACUGUUACUGGCAGAUUAUUUGAGAGGAUUGCCAUGCUAAAGCGCCAAUGUGUUUCUAUCCUUGGAGAUAAAUUAUUGCAAGAGGCGUACAAUGUUAUUGACAUUAACAAUGAAGAACAGGUUGAGAAUGCCUUGAUAUCAUUGAUUGGAGAGGUUAAAUACAAUCAAAUUGGUGGUCAAAUUUGUCAAUUAAAAUUCUACGAACAAUAUAAUACUAACCUUUAUUAAAACAAGAAUGUGCUGAAUAUUGUACCGGAGCUAGAAAAUCAACAUUGAGAACAAUGCAUCAAUAAACAAAUUAAAAAAAAAACUUCAAAUAAGAAAAAAACUUUCAGUUUAAAAAAAAAAACUUUCAAUUAAAAAAAAUAAAAUUUAGUUACAUAAAUUAAGAUUUUUUUUAUAAUCUACUUUGUUAAAACUAUUAUGAGAUGUAAAUAAUUUCCUAUUGAUGCUAUGUUCUGACGUGGUUUGCAUACGUACUAUUGCAUAAAUUACUUGAAUGCUUGCAUAUGUACAUAUUUGAACUAUUAGUAUGUUUUUGCAUAGUUUGCUAUGUUCUGCCGUUUUGUGUGUUUAUAAAACCAAGUAAAUAUUUAUAAAGUAGUUUAUUUAAUUAGUCUAGACGAAUCCUUAAAAUAAAUUCUAUACAAAAUUUUUAUUUCAUUUGUAAUUUUUUUUUCAUAUCAUUAAACAGAAAAAGAAACUCAAAUCAUUUUUUGAAAAGCCCUUUAAAAGUUUUUUCAUUUUAUAAAAUAUUUUCUUUGAUUUUAAAUAUUCAAAUAAGCCAUAAUUUUUCAGGGUCUUGUGUCAGCUUUAAGUGUCGAAGCUUGCACUAUACAACAUGAGAAUGUGUUUCAAACAUAAUUAUUUCAAAAAUAAAACCAAUGCAAAGC